AUGGAAUGGACCCUGUCAGCUCUGUUGAACAAUCAGGCCUGUCUAAAGACAGCCCAGAAAGAAAUCGACACCAUAACCGGAUUCGAAAGAAUGAUAAACGACUCAGAUUUGGGUCACCUCCCAUAUCUUCAGGGGGUUAUAAACGAAACACUUCGGAUGUACCCAGUGGCACCUCUUCUAGUCCCCCGCGAAUCAUCGGAAGACUGCAUUGUCGGAGGUUAUCGGGUUCCUAAAGGAUCCAUGCUAGUCGUGAACAUAUAG